AUGUGCAACAAAGAAGUUCUUGUUUGCAAUCUUUGCAAGCAUUUGUGGGCAUGCACUGAAGGAUUAGACUCUGAUGAAUCCUCUGAUCCACCCAGUGUCCCUCAGUCAUCCUCUGUUCUACCCAGUGUCCCUCACGCAUCCUUGUCAACUACCCCACCCAGUGUCCCUCAGGCAUCCUCCUCGUCAACUGCCCCACCCAGUGUCCCUCAGGCAUCCUCGUCAACUACCCCACCCAGUGUCCCUCAGGCAUCCUCCUCGUCAACUGCUCCACCCAGUGUUCCUGAACAAUCCUCCUCAUCAACUGCCCCACCCAGUGUUCCUGAACAAUCCUCCUCGUCAACUGCCCCACCCAGUGUUCCUGAACAAUCCUCCUCAUCAACUGCCCCACCCAGUGUUCCUGAACAAUCCUCCACAUCCUCUGCUCCAGCGAGCACUUCACACAGAAACCCCCUUGUCUUCAUCUCUUCCACCCAACACCUAUACUGA